CCCAUGGAGCAGGGGGCGGCCGCACAGCCUGGGAGCUAAGCGGGCCAUUGGAUGUUAGCUGCCAAACCAGUGUCCUCCUUGCAGCCUUCCAGGGCCCAGGCCUGCGUGGGUGAUGGGGUGUUACCCACCAAAGGAGUUGAACGCUUUUGGCGUGUACUAAAACCAGGCCUUCCACUCUUUAUGAGCAAAUUUACGUAUGUUUGCAUGCUUGCAUGUAUUUGCAAGGGUUUAUAUAAUACAUACACAAACAUAAUGUGUUCAUAAAUACAUACACACAUAUAUGCACAGAGGAGGGAAAGCAGCACCGCCACAGCACGCACUCUACUGCGCAAUUCCAUACACCGCCCAUGUGUAAAAUAAAUACUGCUAUAGGAUUAGUUGCCAUAUUGCAAAAUGCCACUAACAAUGGGUUAAGAAAGAUAUUUGUCAUCAACCACACAGUUUACAAACUUUCGAAUCUGGGAAAGCCUGAUACAUCUCCACCUGAUGUAUUCUACACAAAGUUCAUGUCCAUUUUUGCAAGAAUAAGAUUAAAUCAGGAAAAGAGGACUAUACAGAGAUUGAUAAAAACUUGGUAUUACAUACUCAUGGAAUGUAACAAACAGAAACGGAGAAAACGGUUGUUAGUUGUUCAUCAGAAAUACAACUGCUUUGCAUUUAAUAUGGCAACAGUAAUAGAAUACAUAUUCUUGGAACUUGAAAAACAAAUAUUUCUUACUGAAAUGUUUGACCAUCUAUAGUUAAAAAUAGGUUUUACUAGCAGAAUAAACUCUUUUGCUUGAGAGUAAGAUUACAAACUGUUGCUUUCUACCCACUAUCAUUUGUUUGUUUAUAAACACUUUUCACUAAAGCAUACAAUCUCCUGAGGCAUUAUUACCAUAAACCUUUUUAUUAAGUAAUAAAAAGUAGUUUGCAAACAAAUGCAAGGCUAGAGCAACAAUUACUUACCAUUGUUUCCAUCCCUUCAGCACAUUAACAAAAGGGUCACAAACCCCCACUAUAUAAGAUAUAGCUUGCAGACCUCACUGAUGAUUUGCCGUCCAAUGUAAGAAACUGAAUAUAUGUGGUGGGUAUAUAUUGGCUUUUACAGUGGCGGUAAACUGGGCAUUAUUAUUGUGUAAUCCACAGCUUAGUCCCAUGUAUGAAAUGUAUGAAGAGAAAUUGCAUAUAGAUUGUAGAAAGCAGUGGAAAAAAUUUUCCAAGCAAUAACCUCUCAGUGAAUCAGUCCAGGCUGUCUUGCCAACUUUGCAGGAGCACCAAAGAUGUAGAGGCCAAGUUGGCUUUUUGAAGCUUAUGUUGUCACAAUAAAGGAUCCCCUUAUCCUGCAGAUAUAAGUAUCUGCAGGAUAGCAUAAAUUUUCAUUGUCAUUAGUUAUUUUCUUGUUUACUCUAUAUAUAUACUGCAAGGUUGCAGGUAAAUAUAUAUAUGACUACCAUAAACCACAAGGUGAAUUGUACACAGAAUUUAAGGAUGAAUUAAUUCUUAGACAUUUUUAUCUGUGUCAUUUUACAAAUUGUAAACAGUAUUCAUAAUAUAGCUGACAGUGGUAGUCAGAUGAUUUCCAUGACCUCUACAUGUAUUUUAAGAAAACACAGUUCGGUUUGUUCCUUACUCGGCAGUAGAAUAGCAGGGUGGUCUACAGAAUACACUAAAGAUUUAAUUUCACCAGAAACAUGAUAUCUGCAUCCCUAAUGAAUACCACUUUUAAUUCAGAUUUCUUUCAUGGUGAAUUGGGAUUAGCUGCUUCUUGGAGAAUUGCAUUUGGAGGUUGAGGGAACCUCUACCCCAGUAUCUGGAGAUAUCAGCUGCAGUGUGGAGACAACAAUGUCAUCACCUGUGUUGCUCGGUGGACAGGUGGUAAUGGAGAACAACGGAAUGAUGAUGGAGGGGUCAGAAGAUGUGGUGAUGGAUGGGACACAAGUGGUGAUGGAAGCCCCUCAGGUUGUCAGUUCCCAAGUGAUGAUUGAAGGGUCACAAGUCAUGAUGGAGGAGGGAGAUGGCACAGAGUUUGGAGCAUCUGUUUUGAAUCCACCCCACCAUGGCACAGUGACAGAAGCUAUUGGAGAUCCAGUUUCAGUAAAGGAGGAGGACUUGGAAAAUGGACAGUAUGCUCAUAAUCAGCCAAUACUUAGCCUGGAGCAGCCCAAUGUCCAUGAGGAUGUCAUGGGCACAGGGACUCUGGAAGAUAACCAAGAAGGAGAAAUUCUCCUGAGGAACCUGGUGAAUGAGACCUUUCACUCCUCAGCCAGUGCUACUCACCCUCAUGACAAUAUCAUUGUAACAACCAGCACAAUCACCACUGAUCCCAUGCACACUAUCCAACAGCCCUUACAGCAAGCAAAUAUGAUAACAGGAAGUGAUACAACUAGCAUGACAGAUAUUUCAAAUAGUAUUCCACCAGCAACAACCCCAACGAAAAUAGUGAUACAAACUAAUCAAGGGUCACCAGUGAAAUCUAAUGCUGGACAUUUCCUCAUACAAGUGGGUGGCAACCCAGUUGCUGUGAGCCAGCCCCAGGUUGUCACUGUGGGAAACAAAAAGCACAUCAUCAUCCGUGCAGGUGCCAAUCAGAUGGCACAGCAGGUGAUUCCCAGCCAGGAAGAGGUUGAGGCAGCGGCCCAAAGUGGUGUCUUCCGUGUGAUAAUACCUGAAGGAACAACUAAGUAUACAAAAGGCCUGACUGUACCUGUUGGCCAGAAUGAACCAGUGAGAAAACAUGUACAAAUUAAUCUUUCAGAUGGAACUUUGAAAAAACAGUCAAGGUAUAUGACUCACACUUCACAAACGCAAGGAAAUUAUGAGGAAGACUUUGCAUCGGGGAGUGAUGCCAAGAGGUUUUAUGAAUGUCCAACAUGCAAUAGUAAAUUCAUGCGGCCUCUCUACUUGAGGUAAGUACACUUUUUUUCUUUUUUUUCUUCUUCUUCUUUCUUUCUU